AUGACAACCCCACAACAGCGCCAUUCGUUUCUUGUGCCUUGGGCCCAUGGCCAGAUGUGACCGGUGGCACUAAGCCACUGCGCCGAAUCUGCCGAGAUCUGCCAAGUGUGCCCCGAGUGGGUUCAGUUCAUUGCCGACAACCAUGCCGAAGGACAAGAAGAAGGACCUGAUGUCAACACAGGUGUUGUUGGCAGCAUCAGGUCUGGAUGAAUUCUACAAGUACUUUGACCAGGCUGGCCAUUCGAUGUUCGAUGCCAUGACACAUGCGAGUGAUUUGAAGGUGGAGCAGAUCUUGUUGGAAGUGGAAGCCCGCUGUGGUGUGACCUUCAACCCCGUCGUGCGGAUCAAGCUCUGGAAGGCAUUGAGAUAUCAAUGGUUCCGAGGGCCAGGGAAAGGCUCCAGCUUCGUUGAGCGAGUAGAUGUACAGCAGCUGCAUUUGCCCCCCUUGGAGUGGCAAGAGCAGGAUAGCAAGUUCAAGUUCGGGGACCUGGAGUCGGACCGGCAGAGGCAGGUGGUCCGAAAGAUCAAGCAAUUGGCUCCUGGUGAGACCGGCCAAUCAUUGCAGACCUUCCAAUUCGAGGUCUACACCCGCAGCCCAGAUCUCAUCUACGAAUACCGGGAUCUUGAACGAUGUGUUCAGGAAUGGGAGCGCCGCAAUCCCCGUUCCAUGAUCCAGGAGGACAUGAGAGAAGAAGUGAUGCGGAUGCGUUUGAAAGGCGUAGUUGAUUCGGCCAAUGCCAGUAUUGCGGUCCGGCGAGCACGGGCGGCGAAGCUCAAGAACUUCUCCUCGACCUUGAUCGUCAUGCAGCUUGUGAUGUUUUCACUCUGUAUGUUGAUGCUCUUGACAGCCUUCACUUCAUUGAACAACACACCACCUCAGCUCAUGAUGGUGUUCUUUCUUUCUAGUAAACAAUUCCUGUCUGCGAUGGUGUUUUUCACAGCCUCCAUCGUCGCUGGGGCGGUCUCGGAGCGUGCCAAGCAAGAUCCUUUGAUCCGAGAGCUGAAAAAGACGGUCCUGAGCUGUGAGCGGCUCAUCGAGCGGAUCAGCGAUUUCCGCAUCGCAACGGAAGAGCUCCGCUUGCAAAAAAAUGAGGCUCGAAAGAAAGGCGUGCCAGUUGGACUGAACCUGAACGUCUCGCAAGAGGGCCGCCAGGAGGAGGAUGACUUCGAUGACGGAAACCAUGUACGACAACGUGGCCGAAAGAAGAAGAAGAAGGAGAAGGAUGCAGCCCUAGAACUUUGGGCUCCUGACGCUGGCAAGUUGGAUGGUCAAGAGAUCCAGAUGAUGCAGAAGCAGCUUGCGCAUAGCUUCAGGCGUUUGCCUGCGCCGGGUGGGGAGUUCCAGCGUCAGGGCGGCGACCGGAUGCGCAGCUUCCACCAAAGCCUGGGCGGCGUGGCGGAAGAUGAGAUGUGUGUGCAGAUCACCAGCAAGCAGCAGCAGAAACGGCAGGCCUAUGUGGAGAAGCUCAAGGAACAAGCUCUGGCAAAAAUGCCCAAGAAUCCACCGCCACCUGCGUUGGCGAUGAAUGCUGCCAAUAGGGACCCGGGUGGUCGACAGCUGGCUGUGCCGGGCCAGGGCCCAGCCGCCUCGACGUUGGGGCGGCCGACGUUGCCGCAGCUGCCCUUGGUGCCGCCGCCGCCGCCCGCGAAGGUCACGAGGGGCUUCCGCCGAAUGGGGUUUCAGCCUCCCAGCGUGGCGACCACGGAGAACCAACCCUUGCUCGGAGGAACCUCUUCAAGCAUGGGCCAGGCCUCCCGCGCUUCGCGCGGCUCUGGAGGAGCCUCUAGCUCCGCGGCCGCCUCCGGGUCCGGCUCGGCCGCGGCGGCCGCGGCGGCAGCGUCGCCCUACGUGCCGCUCCACAGCGACCGGAAAGCUCCGAGGAUAUACCCUGAGCUGCAUCGCGCUGCAUCGUGUCCACUGGGAUUGGCGCAAGUCUGGGUGCACUGUGAGGGUCAUAAUGCAUACACAAGCACGUCGCUUGUCCUCACUCAUCGAUAGUUUGGUUUGCUAGGCCCAGGCUGCUGACCAAACACAGAAAUAGCGAUUUAGUAAUGUACAUAAUCAAAGCAAUCUUAUGCAGAUCCUGUUUGGGAUUUGCAGGUUUCACCUGGUGCACGGAGUGUGCAAUGAAGCACAGCUCUCGAGUGCAAAAGUGAUGGUGAUGGAACGUGCC